UCCGUGACAGUGUCUCGUUGAAAAAAAAUUCGAAAAACCCAUCAAAACUGCAAAUUAAUUGCAAAUUUUAGUGAAAAGCAUCAACACAGCAUCCGUAAAGUGCGGAAAAGUGAAGAAAAUAAUUUUAUCAAAGGCAUCAAGUGAGAAAAAGGUGAAAAUUAAAAUCCCUUGCGUAUGAUCGCUACAGAACGUCGUGCACGUCAGUGAGAAAGAUACAAGAAAGUGCGCGCGAGAUUUUCAUGUUAUUGUUAUGCGAUUUGGAGAUCAUCAGAAAGAAGAAAGGAAAAGGGGAUUUGUGUAAAAAGAGAAGAAAAUUCUAAGACAAGAAAUAAAAAAUAAAAAAAAAUACAAGAAAUUAUUAUGUCAUCUUCUGAGGUUUAUAUAAUAAAAGAAGUGAAGCAUCCGAUAGACGACGAAAUCGAACAUCACCAGACAAUCCAAAGUCACCUGGAGGAAGAUUUACAAUCUGGCAGCGGCAACACCGUUACAAUAAUGGAUCACGACGAGAAACGCAUGAGACGUCAGAUUGCAAAUAGCAAUGAAAGGCGCCGCAUGCAAAGUAUUAACGCUGGCUUUCAAAGUUUGCGAGACCUUUUGCCGCAUCACGAGGGCGAAAAAUUAAGCAAGGCGUCAAUUCUGCAACAAACAGCAGAGUACAUUUACAACUUGGAACAAGAAAAGGCGCGACUUUUGAACCAAAACUGCCAGUUGAAGCGCCUGCUGGACCAACAUGAUCCGGGAAGUGCAGCUGCUGUCACCGCUGACUUCAAUCCUCAAUCCACGGCACCAUCUGCAACAACGGCAACCAUGAUCGCCGCCGGCACGAAGAAACGCAAACUCGAGGGCGGCCAAAUUGUCGUGCAAGCCGUGAGCGAUUCGUCAGACGAGGGUCUCGGCUCGAUGUCACCUGAACCCGUACCUGUAACAAUUUUGAACAUGGGCAAGAUUGGGAGUGGCGGCACCACAACGACAACCGCAACGACAACCACGACACUUCCGGGCAACGCAACGCUGCAAAUUCGCGCCCAAGACUACAUCGAGAUGAAACGCGAGCUGGAACGCGAACGCAAUCAAAGGGUGCGCUUGGAGGAGCAAAUGCGCCAAGUCGAAUGCCAGAUCUAUCCGGAUCGCGUGCAGUACCAAGAAGUCAUCGAUCACACGGACAACGUGAGGGACGAGCACGAGCAGCAAGUGAUCAUCCAGGAACACGGCGGCAAAAUGUCGUUGGCUCAAUUGAAGGAAAGCGGCAUGGAAAACGUGCAAGUUCUGUCACUCGAUGCAAUUCCGACUGUGGGCCAGACGCAAGUUGUCGUUUGCUCGCCCGUCGGCGAACUCAUCGAGGAAAAUUCGCGUCCCAUUUCGCCGAGCGAUCUCAUGCAAGCACCCGAAAACAUCAAACACGAAAACAUAAUUAUCGCAACGAGCGGCGGCGCAAGUGCCGGAAAAAAGCAACAACGCAUCGUCUCGAGCAUCCUAGAAGCAGCCAUCAAAGCGGAACCCAAAGUCGAGGUCGAACGCAUCGAGGCACCCUCGACAAUUGUCAUCGAGGAUGGUAGCAAGUCGUCGAGGCAUGGCAGCCCGGCGCCCGCCAACUGCAUGUACGUCACAAAUACCUCACGCCAGAACUUGCAGGCCAUCGUGGCGGCAAUCGAGCACCUUGAAGGUGAACAUUACGUUGAAAAAGUCGUCGAACAGGAUGCCCCGCUCGCACUCACCAACAAACAAAUUGCCGUACGUGAUCGCGAACACCGCAAAAUCCAAUCAGAAAUUCAUCCAUUCCUCAAAUUCAAGCAGGUGACAGUCUCAAAGUCGGCUUUUGCACCCGGGCAAACGGUAACGCUGCAAACUUCAUCGGCAGCGGCGCCACACGACACCCUGAAAUCCAAUACAACAACAAUUUGCAAUAUUCAACAGCAACAAAUGAGUAGACCGGGCGUCAUUGUGGUGAAACAUCAAAAACAAAACUAAGAAAAAAAAAUAUUUUUUAAGUUUAAAGCUAAUAUUGACUAAAAAUCUAUAUAUUACACAAAAAAAAAACUAUCUUAAAAUAUAUAGUAUGUAUAACAUAAAUUAUAAAUGAUAAAUUUUAAUGAUUAAGAUAAUUUUCAAGAAAAUUGCCUACGAAGUAAUAAACAAAUAUUCAAUGCAAAUUUUUAUGUAAAACAUCAUAAAUAAUUAAAAAUAUAAAAAAAAAAUCCCCCGAAUCCAUGCUUUGAUAAAGAAAAAAUUCUUUUGGGGAACACAUUUUUUUAUAUAAAAAAAAAUAUUUUUUUUUAAUAGCAAUUCUCCUAUUAAGAAAUCCCUGUGUAGUGUUUACCCAUCAGAAAAAAGUAAGAAAAAAAAAUGUUUCAAGUAUCAAAUCGAUCUUCUGUUAACGAAGAUCCGCAGUUGGCUUCUUGAAGCUGUAUGAAAUUAUUAUUCGUACAAAAGAUGAAAAAAAUAUUGCUUUAAACCAUUUUUAAUUAAAAUAUAAGAAAAAAAAUAUAUAAAAUAUUAAUAUAUUAUAUUAUAAAGAAAAAAAACAAGAGUAACCUCGAGAGUAUUAUUACAAAUAUAUUAUAUAUAUUUAAUUUCUG